AUGCCCAACCAAUCCAACCAAGACUCUUAUGCCGCAAUGGCCGAUCCCACUACGCGCCAGACACGAAGUCAGACACAGAAGAACAGGCUGCAGAAUAACCCCGAUUCUGCUGCUGCAGACAAGCCCAAACCUUCCGUUAAUGACUUUAUAGCUAACGGACCGCAGAUUCCAGAGGUAGAGCUGCCGCCCAAGGUCUCUAGGGAGGAGAUCGAUGCUCAGGUGAAAGAACUUAAUAAUAAAUUGAUGUUCUGUUGUUUGCAGAUAGGGGUAGCCAGUCUUUUGGAAGUGAUCGAAACGUGUCAUGAUUGGCGUGGAUGGGAGUCAAUUAUGGAUUCUGUAUUGUUUGCACUUCCUAGUGGUGAGGGAAGAGUGUACGGGAAUGACGUUGUCGCCCUAAUUGUUCAGGUUAAUCUGGAAUACCCAGAAACUAUCGAUUAG